UUCAUUGCUAUCGUGAAUCAUCGAUUAGCUUUACAUUCAAUAACUUCUUGAUUGUUAUUCUAUCACCCAGACCUACAUUCGAGUGCCUCAUUGUCGUCGUUGUCGCCGUUUACAGAGUUCACUUGCACGGUUCAUGGUGCACCCAGUUCUGGAGUUGUCACUGCUGCACUUAAAGUGAAAUGGAAAACUUUGUCCUUUACGAGGAGAUUGGCCGAGGCCGUCACACCGUGGUCUACAAGGGGCGCCGGAAAGGAACGAUCAACUUUGUGGCUAUCCUGUGCGUUGAAAAGUGCAAACGCCCACAAAUUACGAACAGGGUGAGGUUAACCCAUGAAGUUAUUCAUGAGAAUAUUGUGCAGUUUCUUGAGUGGUACGAGACCAGCAAUCACUUGUGGCUGGUGGUGGAGCUCUGCACAGGGGGUUCUUUGGAUGCCGUGAUUGCCCAGGACAAGCACCUCCCAGAGGAUGUCGUGCGGGAAUUUGGAAUUGACCUUGUGAGCGGCCUGCUUCACAUCCAUGAGCUUGGCAUCAUCUUCAGUGACCUCACCCCAGCAAAGAUUAUGCUCGAUGGACCGGGCAAUCUGAAGCUCAGUAACUUGUCCCUGGCCCGAGCCGAGGGGGAGAAUUUACAAGAGUUCUUCAGCCUGGUGGCCGGAGAGGACGGGGACUCACCUGACCCUGAGGCUGCUCAAGGCUCGCCAGUCUACAUGGCCCCAGAGGUGCUCAAGGGAGAGGAAUUCAGUGUUGCCAGUGACUUCUUUUCCCUGGGAUGUAUGCUGUAUGAACUGUUUACAGGCACCCCCCCAUUUUAUUCUGAAAACUUCCCAGAGCUUAUGGAAAAGAUUCUCAAUGAGGUGCCAGCUACCCCAACGGUAUCAGGAGAAAAUGCAAAGAAACCCUCUCCAGAAUUUGUCAACCUGUUGGAACAACUGCUUCAGAAAGAUCCAUCUAAAAGGCCGGAGAGGCAGGCUCUGCUAGAGCACCCAUUCUGGAAGGGCGCCUUUUCAGAAUCACUCCCCGGUGAUAUCGGCAAGCCUGCAGGGAAGAGUGCUGUAAAUGAGGAUGUGGUUGAUGCUGCAUCUGCAUCGCCUCCCAAGGGCAGCUCUGUGGCUUCCACAGCCACCAGCCUAGAUCGCAGCACCCUCAGCCGGUCCUUCAAGCUCGAGAAACCGGAUGAAUUGAGGCCUAAAAGUGUCAUGGACACGGAGAACAAUGAGUCAAUGUUUUCUCUCAGUUCACGAUCCCGGGCAGGUGUGGGUCCAAGUACUGCCAUUCCGCCAGGUACCCCAAGCCGGGCCAGGUCAGCCGGGCAGAGACAGCCUCCCAGAACGACAGGCACUGCAGAUGCAUCGACAGCCUCGCAGCAAACCAGCGAGCAGGUCUUUUCUACAUGGGAGCUGAUUUUUCAUGAAUCAGACCUGCUCAUCACUCCAAUAAUUGAUAACCCCAAGAUCCUGAAGCCAGUACCAGUAAAGUUUGACCCAAAGACCCUUGGUGUCCCUGCUAUUACAGGAGAGAAGCUGGCGUACCUGCCUGAACUGGAGGUGGCCCGGUAUCUGGAGCAGCUGUGCGGCACGAUGGCAGCCACUGACAAGUCAGGCUCUCCACGCACACGACUCAACCUCCUGUGCUACCUGUGCAUCAUCAGCACGCAUCCGCAUGCCGCCAACCGUCUUCUCAACUCACAUUUGUUGUUAGUGCUGAUCCAGCAGCUGCAGUCUGCUCAAAACUGGGACAUCCGGGGGAAGUCGGCUCGUGUUCUGGCUCUGCUGGCCCAUCAUGCCACGGAGCUCAAGGACACCACCGUGAUAUCUGAGGCCAUGACUGCCGUGACGGAGCUGGUGCGCGAGAGCUAUAGGAACAGCAAGCUGAAGCAGUGCCUGCUGCCUGCACUGGGGGAACUCAUGUGCCUUGCCACGAGACAGGAGGAGAAGAGAAGGGUAUCGAAUGAGAGCUGGCAUAUCCCAAGUGCUGCAUUCACUGUGGUACUGCGAUGCUUACGUGAUGGGGAGGAGCCUCUAACGAACCACCUGGCAGCAAAGGUAGUGGAGAAUGUGUGCAGUGGAGCCUCCGCGCAGACGAGCGGCUUUCAGACGGCAGAGGUGGGGCCCAUGCUGUGGUACCUGUUCACCCACUGCACCGUCGACUCCCUGCGUGUCACUGCCAUCUCUGCACUUUGUCGCGUGAGCCGCCGCAUGCCAAGCUGCUUUCAGAACGUGCUGGAGAAGGUGGGGCUGGCACCUGUGCUUGAGGCACUGCUGUCGAGCAUUGCGCGUGUGCAGCAGUGCCUGCUCACCCUGUUCUGCAUCAUGCUGGCGUCGGGUGGCCACCUCCAGCGCCUUGUUCAUGAGAAGGAGUUUGUGGCAAAGAUCGUGCGUCUGCUGGAGAGUCCGUCGGUGCUAAUCCGAGCCAAGGCUUUCCUGGCACUCCAUCAGGUGCUGCAAAACAACCCCGACAUGCUGCUCUACUGCUGUCAGUCCCGGCUGGUGAUGUACAUUGAGAGGGACUCUCGGCGCGCAACUCCGGGUAAGGAUCAGCAGCAGGGGGGGUACGAAUACCUGUCCCGGUGCCUGGAGAUCCUCACUGCUCUCAUUGUCCACCAGCUGCCCCUGCUUACUGGUGAGGUUGUAUCAGUCCUGGAGAGUGUGUCCGGUAGGCGGCACCCAUCCACAGUCCAGGCCAAACAGCUCAAGCAUCAGCUGCCCAUGCUGCCCGUGCUCUUACAUCUUGUCACCUCACAGGUGUUCAGGCCACAGAUUGUGAAUGAUGAGUUUCUCUUCAAAUAUGGGAUUCUCUUGGGGUAUAUCAAAUCAAUCGACUAUGGAGAGACCAGCAUUGAUGGCGCUGUUGGCCAGGCACAGGCGGACGAAGCAAUGAGAGUAACGCUAUCGGUCUUCGAGGCCAUCACCCAGCACCCUGUUCUUCUGACUCAGCACCACGUUGCAGUUGUGGACUCUGUUCUGCCUCCUCUGACUGCUCUUGUUCUGAGCCAAAGUGCGGAGCGCCGUAUGUUCAGCUUGCGGCUGCUGUCAGAGGCGGCAUCUGUACUGCUUGGACACGAGGCUGUGAGCAGCAAGGCCGGCGGUGUCUCGCCUAAUGCCGGCCUACUCCGCCUCGUCCAGGAGACCCUUCUACCAGAGUAUGAGAACCUGCUGAUGGAACCAGAUCCUGUGCCAGCAUACGCUCUCAAGCUUCUACUCGCCCUGGUGGAUUACAGUCCUGUGUUCAUCCGGCACCUGGAGGAGUUAAACCUUGUUCCAGUACUAUUGCAAGUAUUGCAGGAGCACCAGGAGAGCAUGUUGGGAAGCAGCAUGUACAACGUGGUGUGCUUAUUGGGCAGUCUGGUUGCCAAUAAGGACACCAACAUGACCACACUCUAUCAGCAAGGCCUGGUGGAGCGCUUGGUGCCUGCGUGCAUGGAUGCCGGUGUGCUGGUGCUGGAGGGGGAGAGCACCAGCAGGUCGGCCUCUCUGCUGCUGUUUGUACUGCUGGAGAUGCUGCAAGAGCUUCUGAGACGCACGGCGGACAUGGUGCGGCGUGCGCUGCAGCAACAGAAGGUGGGGGAUUCACGCAGCACGCAGGUUGCGGAGGACAUGCUACUUGUGAACAAGCCGUUCACUAAGCUGACCUGCACCUUCAUACAGCUGCUGUACGGUGCGGAGGAUGCCGACUGCACGGGUCCCGAGAGCGCCGCACGCCUCGCCACCGCUCUGCAAGCCACUGCUCCACACCCCAAACAGCAGAAGCUGCUCCUGCGCAUCAUCAAGAGACUGGUGACUGCAGAUGAGAAGCACACCCAGAGCGUGAGGCUGCACGGCGAUGUCCUCACCUCAGCGCUACAGCAGCUGGCCAUCACUGCCAGUUCUGCUGCAGAUGUGACCGUGGCAUCCCUGGCUUCUGAGAUUCUGCAGCACAUCCUGUGAAAACGUGACUGAAGAAUAUACUUCUUCCUUCUCAAAGUAUGCCUUAUGUAAAUACAUAUUCAAAGUUAAAUUGCUUAGUUUUGGGAGAAAAUAUUAUCUUAAUAGGCAAUCAUGUAAGUAAAUUAUGUGAAUACAAAGUGUCUUUGUUUUACGAUGUUGCCCUGCAAUGUGGUCGACAAGUAAAAGCACAAAGAUAUCAACAAAACCCAGGUGGCAGAAUCACUCAAUGGUCUCAAUGGUCAUGUUUGAGAGGCAGUGGUACCACCCAAACUUAGGUUUAAAAUCUCGUUUUAGAUACGGGUUUCAGCUCGCCGUUAUCAAAUCGAAGAAGUUAUAUUCUUUGGGUCUUUUGGUAAAGCCACGAAAAAUGAGAAAAAAUGUCUGUCAAUGUUAAGUGUGAUUGCAAGAGAGUCUUGUCUAAGUUGUCUAGUUUAAACUCUUUGGUUCUUUCGGUAAAGUCACGAAGAUAUAAAAUUAAUAGAUCACGAUGUUUCGAUCGCAAC